AUGAUUAUACGGCAUCGUUCAAUAUCUUUCCUCCUGUUUUUCGUAUUGACCCUCCUCAUCCUUUCUCCUCUCACUCAAGCUACCUCCAUAUCACCCCCAGAACCCAGACAUACAUACGUGCCUAUCACCAGAUCGCUAGAUGACCGAGCGGAUCAUCACCCUAGCUCAAGCUCGAAACCCAAAUACAAGAAACCAGAAUACGUCGCUCAUCCUGCUGGAAAUUUAGUUUGUAGACCUUUUGGUGAAUGUGAACCGUGUCCCAAAGAUGAGCUAGAUCAACCAUUUUGUUUCCCAUUCGGUAAUAGGAGGUUACUGCAUUGUAUUCCAGCAUCAACAUCAAACACUGAAGAUGGAAAUGGAAAUGAGAAAACAGGAAAUGGUCAAGUCGGGGAAGUUCCAGCUUGGGAAGCUUGUGGUAAAGUCAUAAGAAAAGAAAGACGAGAUUUCUGGGAAUUCGUGACUGCAAAUCUCUUAUUCUUGAUCGUGGCCUUGACUAUUUUAUGGGCAAGAACUUCUGCUUUGGCAACUGAACAAUAUAGACAAUUAGCAGCUAGGAUAGGUAUACCAAGUGGUGGAUGGACAUGA